UUAUUAGUAAGCAGGAGUUCCGAGGGGACAGUGAAGGCAGCAGCAGCCUCUUGUUGUGUUCAGGGGCAGCAGUGGCCUGUUGUCGCCGAUGGAGAUGUGAUUCAGUUGUAGAUUAAACUUUCCCUUCAGUAUGCUCCGGUGUGUUAACGGGCUGCUCUUCUCCAGACACCGACACUAGAGGCGGAGGAAGAGCCGGGUUCCAGCUGCUCUACGGCGGGAGGAGCUCCCGAUGCUACUUAGCUUCACUGUUAGCAUCUUAGCAGCCGCUCCGUCAAUUGAAGGCAUCACUGUUCCCGCUCAUAGUCUAUAACCAGUCUAUGACAGCAGCAGAAUGACCUCAGCCUCCACAAAAGUUGGAGAGAUCUUCUCUGCAGCUGGAGCUGCCUUCACCAAACUAGGAGAGCUCACCAUGCAGCUGCAUCCAGUGGCAGACUCCAGUCCUGCAGGUUCCCAUCUUCCCUCCAGUGGUCAAACGAAGAACACGGUGAAGAGGAAGCUGUAUGAGGACGUGGCUCUGCCUGCUGCAGAUGGGCCCAAGAAGGUCGUCAAGAAAGCCACGGUUACUGUUGCCAUGGCGACACAGGGCACUCCAACCAUCAUCUCUGUGCCCACAGCUCAGGUUGUCAUGCCUUCAGGACUACAGGGUCCCCCCUCCAACCAGCCCCCCUUGAAGAAACAGAAGACUGCAGAUGUGACCCUCAGUGCUCUGAAUGACUCAGAUGUCAACAGUGAUCUUGUGGACAUUGAGGGACUGGGUGAAGGAUCCAACUCCAAGAAACUCAACAACUUUGAUCAAGAUAACCUGAACCUGGACUCCAGCCUCAUCAUGAAUCCCAGUGACCUCCCUCUGCUCUCCCGCUGACCUUUGACCUGUGACCUUCACUUAAACAAUGGACUAAACAGUCAAAAUAAGUAGAAAUAAAAGUGACUGAUGCUGAUCCACCACGUUACAGUAAAUAUAACUGUUGAUUAUGUGGGGUCAUACAGGACUCAUCCGACUGUGAGUCUGUUGGAAUGUGUUUGGAUCAUUUUUACUGAAAGACAUUUUUAUUUCGUCCUCACUGACUUUUAUUUUGUAGGGACACAAUCUUUUAGCAGUGGGGUUCACACUUCCUGUGUUUUUAAAGAAAAGCCAGGAAACAAACAGGAAACAGUUUUAUUGUUUCUUGUUCAGGCUCAACACAUUUAAUCAGCAGAUGUGAACAGUAGACAGAGUAGUUACAGAGAGUAGUUCAGUGUAUUCCUCCUCUCAGCUUGUCACUGUAUUAGAGGUUAAAGGUCAUGAAGGGUCAUUCACCUGCCUUUGAUGACUGAAGAAGAAUCAUCAUUAUCAUCAUCAUCCACUUAAUAUUAGUGGCUGAAAAAUGUGUGAAAACCAGUUCUCUAGCUUUAAUUCCUAAUUAGGUAAUUCAUAACUUAAGAUCCACGUACUAGCUUUUUUCAGAGCUUCCAGGUCUUCAUCAGAUGAUGAAGAUUGCCCAGUUGUAAUGGAGUUUGGUACUCUGAUCCUCCUCAUCCUCCGAUGAAGACUGGGAGAUGUGGAAAAAGCUCACAGAGUCAUGGACUUUGAGUUUUUCUUUUAUUUAAGUUAAACAACUUAAAUAAUAUGAUGAAAUUGAGUUUUGUUUUUUAAAGUCUGGUAAAUUCACUUUCUUUCAGCAAGCAAUGAGGAGAUCGCUGAUCUCGUGUCCCUCUUUGCUUGAAGUACAGAGGAGGUUAGCCUAGCUUAGCAUAAAGACUGGAAGCGGGGGGAAACAGCUAGCCUCCUACAACAGCCGUGACCUCCAGGGAUCAGAGAUGAAGUGUUGGUUAAGAGCUGUCUGGACAGAACCAGGUUACCUAGUAACAGUCUUAAAAUGUUGUGACAGUAACUGUAUACUGUCACAACAUUUUCAGACUGUUACUAGGUCAGUGUGGUCAGUGUGAGGUCAGAUAUUACAUCACUGUCCCAUGGCAAUAACUCAUAUUUAUACCAGACUGAUUAUUAAACUUAAUGAUAGCGGUUGAGCUGUGACAAGUCAUGUGUUGGUUCUUCAGUACAAACUGUGUCUCUCAUUAUAACCUGAGAUUAACCUGCUUUACACUGACGAUGAUGAUGGAUCAGGAUGUUUUCUCAGUAUUUAUAACCACACAGUGAAAAGUUAAACUCGUCCCAUUGUGGUAAAUAAUAGCUUCAUAACAACUGUGCUAAUGUGCUGAUGAAGAUGAAGUUGAGAUGUAGUUGAAAGCUUUCUUUGGUAAUAACUCAAGUUGUCAAAUCAACAUUAUUUUUUAAUAAAAAUAGAGCUGAU